AUGGCCCGCAGCAAGGAUCUCGUCCCCGGCGUCGGCCGUCUCUCCCGCUCCGCCGUCUUCGCCCGCCGCGGCCUCUUCAAGGGCCAGAAAAAAUCCGUCAAGCCCGCCGUGGCUGAGACCCCCGCGACGAAGGAGGUGACCGUCGGCGGCGAGAAGAACGGUUCGAAGCGCAUCGUCCCCACCAAGAAGGCGCCCCGCUUCUACCCCGCGGAGGACGUCCGCCAACCCAAGAAGAGCCGCAAGUCCCCCAAGCCCACCAAGCUCCGUUCCUCCAUCACCCCCGGCACUGUCCUCAUCCUCCUCGCCGGCCGCUUCCGUGGAAAACGCGUCGUUUUCCUCAGUCAGCUCGCGAGCGGGCUUCUCCUUGUCACUGGCCCCUACAAGGUCAACGGUGUCCCCCUCCGGAGGGUGAACCAGGCAUACGUUAUUGCCACCACCACCAAGGUCAACCUCGGUGAUUUCAAGGUCGACGAGAAAAUCAACGACGCGUACUUCGCGAAGUCUGCAUCCAAGGGCCCCAAGUCUGCGGAGGAGGAGUUCUUCGCAGACGGCAUGCCCAAGGAGAAGGCUGCCUUCCCCGAGUCGAAAGCGGCGGACCAGAAGACCGUUGACGCGGCCGUCAUCGCUGCCGUGAAGAAGACGGAGAACCUUGCGAAGUACAUGAAGGCGACGUUCGGUCUCUCGAAGGGCAGUUCCCACACCAGAUGA